AUGUACAUGCAUUAUUCAAAAUGGAGUCGUCUAAUCGUUACAAAAAAAGACUCUUUCAAAAGAAAAAAAAAAAACACGAUUCUUUCAAAUUUUCAUGAAAUUAUUAUUUCUUAUUUCUUCUUAAUAUUUCAUCUUCUUCUUCUUCUUCUUAUUCUUCUUCCUCUUCUUCUUCUUCUUCUUCUUCUUAUUCUUCUUCCUCUUCUUCUUCUUAUUCUUCUUCCUCUUCUUCUUCUUUAUUUCUUCUUCUUCUUCUUCUUCUUCUUCUUCUUUCUUCUUCUUUCUUCUUCCUUCUUCUUCCUUCUUCUUCUUCUUCUUCCUCUUUCUUCUUCUUCUUCUUCCUUCUUCUUCUUCUUCUUCUUCUUCUUCUCUUCUUCUUCUUCUUCUUAUUAUUAUUAUUUCUUUUUCCCUGUUUCUAUCUAUCUAUCUAUCUAUCUAUCUAUCUAUCUAUCUAUCUAUCUGUCACAAAUGAUCCAACGAAAGUGGGAGAGUUUUCUGUUCUUUCUUUAUUUCUUUAUUUCUUUCUUUCUUUCUUUUCUGUUUCCCUUUCCCUUCGGUUUUCUUUCUGUCUUUCUUUUCUGUUUGUCCUUUCCUUUCUCUUUUUCUUCUUUUUUCUGUCUCGCUUUUAUGUUCUUUCUUUCUUUCUUUCUUUCUUUCUUUCUUUUGGCAUAA